AAGAUCGUAUAAAUAGACACCGGGCGUCGCUACUGCUUCACCAUUCGAGUGCCACCAGUUUCGAUCAACGUUCAGCGGAAGAAGCAAACGAAUCAUAAAAAUGAAAGCCAUCAUUGCACUGUGCCUCAUUGCUUGUGUGUCGGCCCAGUACGACUACAACAGCUACUACCAGGUGGGCAUCCCGCAAGACUACAACCAGCAGUACAACCAGCAGUACAACCAGCAGUACAACCCGCAGUACAACAAUGGCCAGUACAACAACAACCAAGCCCCGACCAAGGCCAUCCCGGAUUCGCGCUGCCCCCGUACGGACGAUCCGAUGCGCCCGGUCCAUCUGCCGUACGCCGGCCACUGCGACAAGUUCCUGAAGUGUACCGGCGGUCUGGGCUUCGUCAUGGACUGCCCGGCCGGUCUGGAGUUCAGCGCACGCAUGAACCGUUGCGACUAUCCGGCUGUGGCUCAGUGCCGUGUCAACCGCGCGAUAACAACGUACCCGAGAAGAUACGAUGUCAUCGAUAGCGGCGUAAAAAGCGUAGAGUCGAUCCUCCCCCCCACGAUGCUGCGGUGGUACCAAUUAGUGGAAGCAAACGUAUCAAUUAGGCAAAUUACUUUCAAAGUUUUGUAUAAAAGCAUCGGGCCGGCCAAGGAGAAGGUAUCAUUUGGUAGCAAGUCAUUUCCAAAGCUGUCCCAAGCGCAUCCCUUCAACCAAUCAACAGCAACAAUGCAGGCUUUCAUCGUUCUCGCUGUCAUCGUGGCUGGCGUCGCGGCCGCCCCCCAGUACCCGGAAAUGUCGUACAACGCGUACAACAUGCCGCAGGAGCCCCGCUUCGAGGCGUACAACAUGCAGCCACAGUACGACACCCAGUACCAGUACCAGCCCCAGUACCAGGCCCAGCCCCAGAGCGAGCAGCUGACCGCCGACGGUUACAAGAUCGUGCCCGGCAUCGUUGAUGCCCGCUGCCCCCGUGCCGACGACCCGAUGAAGCCGGUCCAUCUGCCAGUGAACGGAAACUGUGGCAAGUUCAUGAAGUGCUUCGGUGGCCGCGCCUACGAGAUGGACUGCCCGGCCGGGCUCGAGUUCGGCUCGAAGGUGAACCGUUGCGACUAUCCCGCCCUGGCCCAGUGCUCGCGCUUCUAACUCCCUGCUAACUAGCGGACAGCACACAAUUGUGUGCAAAGUCCCUAGCGCGUGGCUGUAGAUGCUACCACCGGAAGCAUCCGGACAUUGGUUGAAUAAAGUAUCUGGUUUUUGCUCUGAAA